CAUGCGUUAAGGACCAUAUUAUCUGAGCGCAAGCGUCUUUUCUUUCUGUUUCAUCCGUGCUUGGUACUAGGAAGUCUGUCCGCGCUGGUUAAUAGCCGCCUGAUCCACCCACAAUCAACACAAAUAGAAAAUGUCCGUCAGCGAGUGUUGCGAUAGUUAUGUCGCUAAGGUCCGCGGUUUGCCAUGGUCCUGUUCACAUAUUGAAAUCGAACACUUCUUUUCUGACUGCAAAAUUUUUAAUGGGUCAUCAGGAAUUCAUUUCAUCUACACCAGAGAAGGGAGGCCAAGUGGGGAAGCCUUUGUCGAGUUUGAAACUGAAGAUGACCUAAAGUUAGCCCUGAAGAAAGACCGAGAGACUUUGGGACACAGAUAUGUAGAGGUUUUUAAAUCAAACACUGUUGAGAUGGACUGGGUUCUAAAGCAUACAGGUCCCAACAGCCCUGAUACUGCAAAUGAUGGAUUUGUUCGUCUCAGAGGUCUUCCUUUUGGUUGCAGCAAAGAGGAGAUUGUGCAGUUUUUCUCAGGGUUGGAAAUCGUGCCAAAUGGGAUAACAUUGCCGGUGGACUUCCAGGGGAGGAGUACGGGGGAGGCCUUCGUGCAGUUUGCUUCACAGGAAAUAGCUGAAAAGGCUCUAAAGAAACACAAGGACAGAAUAGGGCACAGGUACAUAGAAAUAUUUAAAAGCAGUCGAGCUGAAGUUCGUACACAUUAUGAUCCUCCAAGAAAGCUUUUUGGUAUGCAGCGUCCAGGACCAUAUGACAGACCCGGUGCUGGAAGAGGCUAUAAUAACAUGGGAAGAGGAAUGGAUAGAAUGAGACGUGGAGCCUAUGGUGGAGAUUCUACUUCCCCUGCAGGUUACGGUGGCUAUGAGGAUUAUAAUGGCUAUACAGAGUAUCCCUUUGGUGCAGAUCAGCGGUUUGGAAGAGUGUCUGAUCAAAGAUAUGGUGAUGGCUCAAGUUUCCAAAGCACAACUGGGCACUGUGUUCACAUGAGAGGACUUCCAUAUAGAGCUACUGAAACUGAUAUCUAUACAUUCUUCUCUCCUUUAAAUCCGGUGAGAGUUCACAUUGAAAUUGGAGCAGAUGGAAGAGUAACUGGAGAAGCUGAUGUUGAAUUUGCAACCCAUGAAGAUGCUGUAGCUGCAAUGUCUAAAGACAAAGCAAACAUGCAACACAGAUAUGUGGAGCUAUUUCUAAAUUCAACAGCUGGUGGUUCGGGUGGUGCAUAUGGCAAUCAGAUGAUGGGAGGACUGGGUGCUCAAACGGCGUAUGGAAGCCCUGGCACCCAAGCCCUGAGUGGGAGCUAUGGAGCUGGAUAUGGAACUCAAGCUGGCAUAAGUGGUUAUGGUAGUCAAAGUGGAUUAAACAGCAGUUACUACAGCAGCGGAACACGCGGUUCAUUAGGAGUAAAUGGCAUGGCUGGAAUGUCAAGCAGCAUGGGCAUGAGUGGUGGAUGGGGAAUGUAAAUGAAUACCUUAUCCUGGCUCACUUUGUUUUUUUUUUUUUUGUUUUUUUUUUGUUUUUUUUUUUUUUGCAAUACAUAUUGUAAUUUAUGCUAAAUGAGACAGGAUUUUUAAUUAUUUCAUAUUACUGUACUCGGCUACUCUGUUAGGGGUAUCAGAGUAUGUAGCUGUUUGAAACUGCAGCUUUUCAAAGUGUUUUGUAGAAUAAGAAAAUGACCUAAUCUAUGGACAUGCUGUUUCAAUUUUGUUAAAUGUUGCUCUUGUCACAUAUUGUACAUUGUUCUGAAUGCAUGUUAAAAGAAACAUGCUUUUUUGUAAUAUAUGGGCUUAAUCUCCAUUUGGAUUCAGUCUAAUUUUUUAAGAUUUGGAUUUUUUUUUAAGUGGGUGAGGUUAAAACAGACACCAGUGCAUCUUUGUUUUUGGUCAUAGAUGAAAUUCUAAGGCCUAACAUCUUAGUUUGUAACUUUAUUUUAGGUGUUGUGCAAAGUGUACUUUGUCCAAUAAAUCUAUAAACAACUA